AUGGUUCGUUCUACCAAGACAUCUAACCCAUACCCUACCUCGUCCUUUCCCAGCAACACAAAUGAAACCAACAGAUUUGAUUCACAGGGUAAACAGCAGAAACAACGCAAUCAGAAGCUCGCCACGUAUGUCGACAACCUUUCCGCCGUGGGUAUGUCGGGCAAGUGGGUUCUCGCUGGAAAGUGGAACAAGCAAGAUGCACGGCGAUGGCAAGGCGAGGCUCCAGAGUACCAUGUCAAGAUUGAGGAGGUAGUCUCGAAAGCAACGGUGUGGAUCAACACCUACGAUGACAUUCCCUCCUUCGAGACUGUUGUGGAGGAAGUCAAAGCGGAGUUGGGUUCUUGA